CCAUUUUUCUGGUCUAAACCGAUUUAUGAACACCCCUACCAGCCCUAUACCAAUUUGCCAUAGAAAGAAAGAAAAGGGUUGCCAACUUUCUAAAGCAAACUAUGCUCGCACAAUGGUACUGCUCUACUCAUAGUCUCAUACUCCAUUUUUGUGAGACUCCACUCCUCUUCUUGAUCCUUCUAAAUGUCAAGAUCAGACUUAAAACAGGCAACACUUUCAUCUGAAAUGGCAGAUAGGUGUGAACAUACUUCUAUGUUCCCAGAUUUGCAUUGGUUGUAUCACUCUCCUAGAUCUUCUCACAUUCUUGGCAGCACCAUUGUAGCUCAAAAUUUUCUCAGAGAUCCCGCCCUGUUGGUACAUAGAAAUUUAUUACAACCAUCCCCAAACAUAUCUUCCUCUUCUGUGAUUACUCCAAAGAAGCAAGUACACCCAAGGGAACAAAAUCCUGGGUCGUAUGCUAUCCUGCAAGGAAUGUCUCAGCUUAUUUCAGCCUCAGCUGUGGCUCCUAUUGAACGGGUCUAUAGCCUGAUGCAAUGUCAGAAUGAGAUGCUAAAAUAUGGUCGUCUUUCGACUCCUUACAAAGGAAUGAUGGAUUGCUUUAGCAGAACAAUAAAAAAUGAAGGUGUCCUUUCUCUUUGGCGGGGUAACAGUAUGAAUGUGAUCACACCCUUGACAAUUGAGGCCUCCAUGUUUGCUUUUGUCCAUUUAAGGCGUAAUAGUACCUUAUUCAAGGAGGUUCAUGAACCACCUUUGUGGUUUCUAUCUCUUGGUGGAAUGUUGGUACUACUGCUUUGUUAUCCAUUGGAUUUUACCCGAAUCCGCCUUGCAAAUGAUGUCAAAGCUGCUCAAGUACAUUUUUCUUUGGAUUCUUCUGGCAAAAACAUCAGCAAUGCCAUUGGCAAUUGGAAUUUCAAUGGUGUUUUUGACGUUUUUAAGAAGACAAUGCAAUUGGAAGGCAUAGUUGGUUUUUACCGUGGAUACACUGCUGCAUGCGUUGGUGUUUUUGCAUACCAGGCCUCAACUGUGUUUAAAUCUCACUACAGAGAAAAACUAACAAAGGAAAAACAUACGUAUUCAGCCAGGAUUGCACCUAUCAUUUUCAUGGGUCUUCCUGUGAUAUUUUACCCUAUGCUUACUAUCCGCCAUAGAAUGAUGAUGACCUCUGGCGAAGUAACCAAGUACAAGGGUGCUGUGGACGCGGUUUGUCAAAUUGUCAAACGCGAAGGAGCUUCUUCCUUGUUUAAGGGUUUGAGUGCAUAUGUGGUCUAUUGCUGUGCUAAAGAUGCCAUUGUUCUUGCUUUCAUUUACUUGGCGUACUCUAGAAUUGAUAACCUUAGAAAAUGAUGUCGAGCUAAACUCUAGAAUGUGCCCAGUAGUUUUUUGUUUAAGCAUUAGCUUGUUUUUCCAGUUGUUACUUGGCUAGAUUGUUAACCCUUAGGAUAAUUUUCAUCCAUGUACUAGCAAUUUUACUAACCUUAUUCAUGAGUUGUUUUUCAAAAUAAAUUAAUCAGUUGAUUAAAGGAGCUGAGUAUGAUGAAAAAAUGUUGGUCUUAAUCAAUUAAAGCAAUUUAGUUAUCAUUCCUCUCACUUUGUUUGCUGAUGGAACCAUGAAUAUUUUGCCCUGCACUCUAAAAUUCUUUGUUGUAGUAGCUCUAUAAUAGAGUUUGUCAAAG